CCUGCCACUCCUCGGCAACCCUGAUUGGUGCUGGAGGUCUCAGUUUCCUUUUCUUCCCCGGCAUUCGGUUUGCAAACCCUGCCCCGAGACGCGGGCGGCUGGCGAGCUGCAUUUGCGCUGAGAGGCGCAGGUGCAGCCGAGGCCGACAAGCUGAGCCUUAGGCCCCGCGCGACCAUAGAGUCCGGAAGUGCGGCCAGAGCAGCUCGCGGGGGCGCCGCACCGGGGGAACCCGGGACCAGGAGGGCAGCGCAGGAGCGGGCGGAAUGGCCGCAAUGCUGGCCAUGAAGGUGGUCACGGGGCUGGCGGCAGCGGCACUGGCGGCAGUGCUCUUGGAGCACUAUGGCCUGGCUGGUCAGCCCUCGCCGCUGCCCCAGCCCCGCGCCCCCCGGAGCCCGCACCCCGCUCCGGGCCCCGGAGCCAGCAACAUCUUCUGGGGUCUGCAGAUAUCCGACAUUCACCUGAGCAGGUUUCGCGAUCCAGGCAGAGCUGUAGACUUAGAGAAGUUCUGUUCAGAAACUAUUGGCAUCAUUCAACCAGCUCUCGUCCUGGCAACAGGAGAUCUCACUGAUGCCAAAACAAAGGAACAGUUUGGAUCCAGGCAGCAUGAGGUAGAAUGGCAAACUUACCAUGGUAUUCUGAAGAAGACAAGGGUCUUGGAAAAAACCAAGUGGCUUGAUAUCAAAGGAAAUCAUGAUGUAUUCAACAUUGCAAGUCUGGAGAGUGUCGAGAAUUAUUACAGGAAAUAUUCUGCCGUACGUAGGGAUGGCUCUUUCCAUUAUGUCCACAGUACUCCCUUUGGCAACUAUUCUUUCAUCUCUUUGGAUGCCACCCAAAAUCCAGGGCCCAAGAGACCCUAUAAUUUCUUUGGAAUUUUAGAUGAGAAACGGAUGGAGGAACUUCUAUUACUCGUUAAGGAAAGUAGUCGGAGCAACCACAGUAUUUGGUUCGGACACUAUACAACAUCCACUAUCCUUUCUCCAUCACCAGGAAUUCGGUCAAUAAUGAGUUCAGCUACAGCGUAUUUGUGUGGGCACCUCCAUACACUAGGCGGACUGAUGCCUGUUUUGCACACUCGUCACCUCCAGGGCACUUUGGAACUUGAGGUGGGAGACUGGAAGGAUAACAGAAGGUACCGGAUCUUUGCCUUUGAUCAUGACCUCUUUAGCUUUGCAGAUUUGAUCUUUGGCGACUGGCCUGUGGUUCUUAUCACUAAUCCUAAGUCACUCCUAUAUAGUUGUGCUACACAUGAACCACUAGAAAGACUCCUUCAUUCAACACACAUCAGAGUCUUGGCCUUUUCCUUAUCCUCCAUUACUUCUGUCACAGUUAAGAUUGAUGGAAUUCAUUUAGGGCAAGCUAUUCAUUUGUCUGGUCCUAUUUUCAUACUGAAGUGGAACCCAAGAAACUACAGUAAUGGGACACAUAACAUAGAAGUAAUUGUCCAGGAUUCUGCUGGGAGAAGUAAGAGUGUUCACCAUAUAUUUUCUCUUCAAGAGGAUAUUCAUCUCAGAUUUGAUCCCCUGGCAUCAUUUAUUCUCCUUACUGACCAUGGCAUCGUGGUAAGUAAAUUCAACUUGAGAUUAGAUUCAGUCCAAUCUAGUGGUAGGUCCAAAGUCGUCAUAUAUUCAUGUAAUGAGAAAGAUGGAUCAAUAAAACUAAGUUGUUUGUCUAGAAGAAUAAAAUUCUUUAAAGUUGAUUUGAAUUAAAAGAAGCAGAGGCAUUGACAACUAAUACCUGUUUGGGAACCUGGUUCUAACCACUACCAUAAAACCAGGAUAACUAAGGGAACUACAGGAACUGCAUAAAAUUGGAUUAAGGAUCUUUUAAAAAUAAUAUUUAUUUCUACAUAAAUAAUAUAUGCUUACUGUAGAAAACUUGGAAAAUUUAGAAAUAAAGUAAAAU